CUCCCCAGCCCCCACGAACCCCUCCAUCAUCCUCCUAUUUGCUGAUUGUCUCUUAUGUUACGUUGGUCUCGUGAUUGUUCCCAUAGUGAUUUAAGUGUAUGAUUAGUUUUAAUAUUUUUGAGUUCAGUUUAAUAUAAUAAAAAUGGCUUCGAUGGUAGCUCACAGGAUGUUAGAUGAUGGGCUGAACUCGGUCUCUCUUCAGCAUCCUGAUGUGGACCAUUCUGUUGGCGAAGCUCCUGAUUAUGACCAGUUAGGUUAUUACAAGUCUGUAGAGAAAGAAGAGUCGUCUUCUGAAACUAUGCACUCUUUAACAGCAGAUGAGUCUUCAGAUCCAGCAGACUUUUAUUCGCAAGAAGAAACUGAUUAUUGCAAACUAGGUUUUAGUUUGCCCAAAGAACAUGAAGGCAUAACUGAGGGAAGACCUGCUUUUAUCUCUGCUAAUAGUGCAAGACCAGAUCCUCCUGUUACUCCAGGUCGAUCUGUUAUGUUGGCCAAAGGAAAUAUUGUGAACACAACACCAGGACAUGGUUAUGUGGACCAUACAGGUGGAAAUAUUUAUGCACGUACUACAGAGCCUGCUGAGAAAGAAAAAUCUACUUUUCUCCCCAUUUCAAGGGGAAGAAGGAAAAGACGAAGUGGUAAGCGUUCUCAGCUACCCCAGGAUGGUCAGUCUAUUGCAGUGAGUAGUCCUGGAUCAUUAUGGGGGUACACUGGCAAACAAUGGUUGCUGCUGCUAGUUCUAUUGUCUGGUACAUUGACGUCAUCAUUUGCUGUGUGCCUGUUUCCUCCAUUUUUUCCAAAAAUUGCGCAAAAGAAAGGGGCAACUGCUACUAUAUUUGGAGUGAUAAUUGGGACAAAUUGCCUCACAGCAUUUCUUGUAACACCUCUCAUUGGCAAAAAGUUAAGACAUAUAGGGGUCAAGUUUGCCUUUACUGCAGGGUUGUUUUGUAGUGGCGGAUGCUGUGUUCUUUCUGGUUUUCUUGAAUGGUUCCCUCCUGGUGUACUGUUUGUGGUAAUGGCAAUACUGAUACGUAUGACCCAUGCAAUAGCCAACGCGGGUAUCAGUACUUCCACAUUUGCAUAUAUAGCUGCAGAGUUCCCAGACUCUGUUGCUAAGAUUUUUGCUUUCACACGAACAACGAUGAAUGUGGCUCAGAUGUUAGGACCCAUAGUUGGAGGCGCACUUUACACCUUAGGUGGCUUCAAGAUGCCUUUCUUGAUAAUGGGGACUAUACAAAUGACCAUGACUUUUGUAGCUGUGGGAUAUCUAGUAGAUUAUAAAGGUAAAAGGUAG